UGGUUGAGCCAGCAAAAACAGAAGACGCAACACGGAAGUAAACUGCUCAUCUGUAGGUGUUGUUGUUGCUCAGCGCUAGCACCGUGAGUUAUUUAACGUCGUUAUUACUGUGUAAAGACGCACAGCGAGGACAUGGACCGACGUCACCUUAUCGGUGUGCUGCAGUUUUUGUUGGUGGGACACAUCAAGAGUUGGGAUGGCGGAAGCGUGCUGCUGCGUGACGUUCAGGUGUUGACUCUGUACAAGGAUCGAUACACCACAGCGAGGCGCUCCAGCCCAGUGCCUCAGCUCCAAUGUGUUGGAGGCUCCGCAAGAUGCCAGGCCUUCGUCCCAGAGGUGGUCCAAUGUCAGAACAAAGGCUGGGACGGAGUAGAUGUACAGUGGGAGUGUAAGACUGAUAUGGACAACGCCUACCGAUUUGGUCGCAUUGAGGUGAGCUGUGAGGGAUACAGCCACCCUGCUGAUGCCCACGUACUGAAGGGCUCCUGUGGGCUGGAGUACACUCUGGAGCUGACUGGCCGGGGCCAGGGGUCGUCACAAGGCAGCAUGGGUUCCCAAGGUGGAUCCAAGGGAUUUGGAGGUCUCGGUGGCUUUGCCUCUAGUUUCUUCAGCGGUUUCUCUGAAAACAAGCAUCAACACCACCAGCAGAGUGCUCAGAGCUCCCACACCUCAGGCAGCGAGGACUCGGGCGGUCUGAUGGUGGUAGCCGUGCUUCUGCUCUUAGCCUACGGUGUCUACAAGCUGUUCCUCAGUGGGAACACAGCCCAGUGGGGGCAGGAUGGCGGACAGGCGGGUCACCCUAGAGACAAUCCCCACGGCUCCACCGCAGGACCACCGCCCCCGGGAUUCAAGCCUGACUUCACAGCCAAUCCUGGUGCCAAUCCUGGUGCCAAUCCUGGUGCCAAUCCUGGUGCCUAUCCUGGUGCCUAUCCUGGUGCCAACCCAGGCUACGGUUUCCACAGUGACUACACUCAAAGACAACAGUACCCAGGAGGCCAUGCUCCUCGGGGCACAGGCGGAGGCUUCUGGACUGGCAUGGGCACAGGAGGGAUGCUGGGAUAUCUCUUCGGUCGUCAGAGAAGCCAGCCCUACAACUAUGACCACUCUGCUUACAGUAGCAGCAGACGUCCUCCUGCGGGAGGCUCCACCUAUUCCUCUGGGACACGCACUGCUUCAGGUUUUGGAGGAACAAAGAGAAGAUAGAAGCUGUGGAAACGUGACAGAUAAUGGAUGACAUGGAGAAUAAUAAAAGACGAGCAUGGUGUUGGCCAGGUGAAAGGUCAAACGUGACAAAACCACCACGAGAAGACCAUCUCUUCAUGCAAGAUGAACUUAGAUGUCAGCUACUGACAGGAAGCACUCAUUUUAAUUUUUUCCGGAAAGUGUGGUUUGAGUUUUAGCCUGAAAGCUUCAGUGUUUAGAAGACCAUUGUUGGUUUUUAUGUGUUUCAACAAGAUGAUCUUGCAGUUGUUCAUUUUAUUCAUGUGGUCUUUCUGGGUAAAAUAAUUGUCUGUUUUAUUUCUGCAGACCUCUUUCUAAGAACAAUUCAAUUCAAUUCAGUUUAUUUUGUAUAGCCCAGAAUCACAAAUUACAAAUUUGCCUCAGAGGGCUUUACAAUCUGUGCACAUGCGACAUCCUCUGUCCUUCCCUCACAUCGGCACAGGAAAAACUCCCCUAAAAAACCCCUUUAACAGGGAGAAAAAAGGAAGAAACCUAUGGGAGAACGACAGAGGAGGGAUCCUUCUCCCAGGAUGGACAGAAUGCAAUAGAUGUCAUGUGUACAGAAUGAACAGCAUAACAGAGAUACAACACAUUCAAUGUAUAUGACAUAAAUGAUUCAUAUAAUAAGACUACUACAGCAGCAAUUAUUAUAGUAGAAAUAUAAUUAUGAAAAUAGGGAUAGUAAACAUGUUGACUUUCUCUGUAUGAAAGAGUGUGUUAUGCUUCAGACACAUGACAUUUAUAAAAACUGUAGCACCUUUUGCAUUUACAUUUAUAAUAAAAGGCAGAUAUACAAAAAAGAUGCACACACCAGAGGCAAGAAUCCCGACAUAAACUAUUUGAACUGGUGAAUUAGUAAAGGAUCAUGGUAAAACUCAAUGUUUUUUUGUACAUUCAUCAUCCUUUUAUUUGCUCUUAUUUUGUAGCCCUCAUACAUUUGCCUUCUCUAUCAUUUAAUAAACUCAGUUUGAAUUAAUAAAGCAUU